GCACCAAAUCAAGAUACUCCUAAUCCGAAUCCCCCUGUGCCGAAGCAAGUUCCUGUGGAGGAUCCUCAAAAGGACGUUCCUGCAAAGCAAUCUCAAGUUUUUAAUGAUGGAGUAUUACCUACUAUCACUGUACCCGACGAAACUAUUACUAAAUUACCCAAUAAUGGGGGCAAGGCAAAAGCUAAUAAUCCUCCACCAUUUACAACAUUUAUAACAACAUUCACAUCAGUUAUCCCUGGUUCAACAAUGUUCAUAACGACGACAAAUGAUAAAGGAGAGCCUACAACCUUUUCUACAUAUAUACCACCGAGUACAGUUGUCAUCGUAAAGAAAGUAACAUCGCCCCUACCACCUGAUUAUCUUGGAAGUAAAUCAUGCAAUAUGGAGUAUUGCAUUAAGUUUUUUGGUUGGAACAAUGAGUUUCUCAUUCUUUAUUAUUGCUUAAUAAACGUAUUAAAUAGAAUAGAUUUAAUAAUUAGUGAUUUAAUGGAUUAUAUGGUAGUGAUUUAAUGGACUUUAUUAUAAUAAUUUAGUGAGUUAAUAUUUAGUGAUUAAUAUUUUGCGAUUUUACAUUAUUAGUUUAAAAUUUCAAAUUUAAUUAUUUGUUUUUGUAAAUAUAGAAAAAAUUCUUUUCAAUGGUUUCUUAGAGAUUUAUUAGAGAUAAAUGCUCUAGAGAAAACAUCAUAUUUAAAUUUAAGAUUAAAGGUUGUAAGAUAAUCGAUUUAAAAACCUUAAACAAACAAAUAAAUAAUCAAUGAUUACCUGAUUUCUAACGAAUUGAUUGGACCAUUACAAUUAAGUCAGCUUAGUUUUUCAGCAUCAAAAUAAUUGAUAAAAGACACAAAUCAUAAAUUCAUGAAUUUAAAUUUAUUGAAUUAGUCGUUAUAGAAUCUCGCAAUUUUUUUCAUCGGCAG